CUUAAGCCUAAGGUAAGGUGUGUUACGCGAGCAAGUUGCGCAACAGCUUUAAAUAUAUAAAUUAAUAAUAAAGUAUAAUAUACUUAAUUGAGCGAAUAUACGAUAUAGGUCCUAAGCUAGAGAAUUUUUAAAUAAAUAGAUAAUGUCAGAAGGAAGGGAUGAAGAAAACUCUCCACCAGUUACUAGAAAUUUUAGAAGAAGAAGAGGACAUUUUGGGCAUUGGGGAGAAAUGAGGCCAACUAAUAGAAAUGCUACUAGUAAUGAAGCCAAUCAGAAUCAAGGAAACUUGAAUCCAGUUCCAAUUGAACUGCAAACAAGAUCUAGAGAAUUAGGAUUAUGCUUUUCUCUACCAUUUUUACCAAGAUCGUUUCUAUCAUCUGAUCCUGUCUUGGGAGAGUCAUACUGUGACUGUUACAAAGAGAAAGACCAAAAUGUAGAAUGUACUUGUGGAGAAGAUGAUACAGAUUUUGACUGGGUUUGGGACCAUAAUCAACGGUCAGUCAACACUAACCUUCAAAAUGGGAACAGAGAAGUUAGGUUUCAUAGCGAAUACAGUUGUGGAACAGCAGCAGUUAGAGGGAAUCAGGCAAUGGCAUCUAAUCAGCACUACUGGGAGAUUAAAAUGACUUCUCCUGUAUAUGGAACAGAUAUGAUGGUGGGUGUAGGAACAGAAACCAUUGACUUAGAUCGGCACCACUACACUUUCUGCAGUUUGUUGGGUUCUGACUGUGAUUCCUGGGGCCUAUCUUACACAGGUCUGUUCCACCAUCAAGGAGAAGCUCAGUGCUAUGCACCCCGUUUUGGUCAAGGAAGCAUUAUUGGAGUUCAUCUUGACAUGUGGAAUGGUACUUUGUCAUUCUAUAAAAAUCGACAACCAUUGGGUGUGGCAUGUAGUGGUUUGAAAGGGAAAACGUUAUUUCCGAUGGUUUCCUCCACAGCUGCACGAAGUGGGAUGAAAGUUAUCCGAACUCGCUCUUUUAACACUUCUCUCCAAUACUUGUGCUGUGUAGCAUUAAGAAAAAUUGUUCCAUCAGAUUUAGGAGUUUUAGAUGUUUUGGCUUUACCACCAGGACUCAGUGGCUUUCUGGAAAACAAUUUGGAUUGGCUUUUGGGUGCUGCUACUACUUCGCAACACUGCUGUAGUGCUGAUGUUAACAGUAAUAAUAAAAAAUCUAGCUGUGAGUUGAAUGUUGAAAAUAGUGAAAAACUGUUAAACAAGAUUCAACCUCGACUCUAUCAUGGCUGUUGUCAUACUAAAGGUAGCAUUGCAACAAAUUCACAAGAAACUUCAUGUUGGACUUCAAAGUGUUAUACUUCUUCAGCUGGAAUGCGUAGUUAUAAUGCAAAAAUAUCCUCGUCUUGUAAUUGCUCUAAAAAAGCUGUGAAGAAUAAAUCAAAACCUGGUAUUUUUAUUCCAAAUAAGAUUAAUAUUUCAAACCUUGCAGGUAAAACUUUUCCUGAGAAAUUGAAAAGAAACAAGUGUCCUUCAGAUAGUGAACAUUCCCAGUUAUCCACUUCUGUUGAAAGCAAAUCUAGCAAGCAAAACCAGGUAAAAAACUGCUCUGAAGAGCAGGAUGAGGAUCAUACUGAUGAUGAAUUACCAGAAAUUAAAACAUCUCCAUUUUCACAAGUUCCGAUGAAAAGAAGAAAUGCUGUUUUUUGUAAUCAAGAAAGUAACAAACUUAAAGUUCAUUGUUGCAUUAAUCCUCUUCUUUGUGUAGCUGAUCCAGGACCAAGUUCAAGUGGUUUGUCUUGUAAAAAGAACUCGUGCAUCUCUGACCCUGGGCCCGAAAUACUUCCUUCUGUUAAGAAUCCAGAACUUCCUCCAUUAAUCUUUAAAGCAAUGGCAUGUUCUUGUAACAGUACUUUCUCUCUGCCAUCUGAAAACUCCAUUUCUGAUUCUGAAACUUCUUUUCAUUCAAAAAAACGAAAGUUUGAGGCACGAGAAGAAAAAACUGAGGAAAAUAGUUCUGAAAUUUCAGACUCUGAAUCGUCACCUACUGCAAAGAAAGCUAAAUUAAUGGAGUAAAUUAAAAUCUACUGAUAAAAUACUAAAAUGCAGUGAGCUUGAAUGGGUAAAAUAUGUUCGUUAAUGCUGUAAUUAUUAAUAUUUUUGAAAUUCCAUUUUUGAAACUGUUUUAUUCUGAUGACAGUUGUUGAAGGUAGUUUCAGAGGUAAUUGGGAUAUUUCCUUGUGUGAAUGGGAAAAAUAAAACUUCUUGAUGUAAACAUUUUACCUUCCAGAAGAUCAUACAGACCACAGAUCAAACUUAGUAGAUUUGUUAUUAUUAUAUUUUACUGAAUAAAGCUGUACUGUCAGAUACUUCAGAUGUAUGUAGAAUCGUGUUAUAAAAUAUUUCAGCAUUAUGUUUAUAAAAUCUCGAAAGUCAAAGAAACUACAAAAAAAAUGGCCUUAAAACGAAAUAAAUCUGUUAAUGCUUUAUUCAGACAUCCUUCAUUGAAAAAGUUGUUUUGCUAAAACACUGACCACAUAUUUUUCUUACCUUUACAGUAAUUUUUGCUAUUUCAUUU